GGACGGUAUUUGCAUCGCGCAUUCGCGCCGGUCUGGCCAAUCUCUAGUUCUCUACUGCACGGUGACCGAUCAACGACAGUCGACAGUUGCAGUGCAGCCGGUGAGCUUAGAUGACGCGCGUCCCCUAAAAGCAGGAUCUGGCAUAAGGCUACGUGCUGGUUUACAGUUACAGCUCAGGCUUACCAUUUCUUUAACCAAUUCGCUUCUUGUUCUUUAAAAGUUCAGAGUUCAAGAGUUCAGUUUAGAGAGAGAGAGGGGGAGAGUGAUUUGCCGACUUGCCAGUUGCCGCACAAAGCUCCUCUAGCACCUCUGUGUGGCCGACUUGUCCCCGGUAUCACCAAGUCUGCAGGCCUCCCCAGUCGUCGCCGGCGAGGGAACGCGCCGCCCGUGACGCCGCGGGUUGUUGGCGCCGGCGUUGAGGCCACAAGCGCGCCAGCAUCAGGUGAUUUAUCAGUUUUUGGUUCUCUUCUUCGGUUUUGCUGGUUCUUGGGCUUCUAGGCCCCAAAGAUCACCUCCGCCCCCCUCCUCCUCCUCCUCCUCCUCUCUCUCUCUCCUGGGUUAGAAGACGCUCUUUUCUUACGGCGGCGCCAAAGUGGUGUUCGACCAGAUGGGAGCGAUGUGCGUCGGCUAUUCGCCCCUUUCUGGUGCGGUCAGGUUUGCCGUAUGUUUCAUGUGAUCUAUUGAACUGGAUUUUCGAGCGUCGUGCUGGUUGAUCUUGUUAUUGUAAGUUCUUAUGAAUGUUUGAGGCAUGAGGAUAUGUAAUUAGUGGAGUCCGUACGGUGAGUUGCCUCUGCAAAAAAAAAAGGUUAGGUGCCAACUUUCUGCAAUUUCUUCACUAUCUUUGAUUUCAUCACCCUUUUGUGUGCAGCUCUGUUGCAUUGAUUAGCUAAAUUCUUGUUCAUUGGCACCUCGUGCAAAUCUAGUUUAGGUGGGCUGGAUAGAGGGGAUGCAUUUUGAUACGGUAGAUUGAUUACCCAUUCCACUUUCUUGUUUGCUGGAGCUGGUGUACUUCUUUCAUUUUGCAUCUCAAAGGAAAGAAGGAAAGUACCGUGCUUGUGCAUGGCUGGUAUACGAUAGGUGGAUACUGGAUAAUAAUGUUGUUAGUUCACUGUUUUCAUUAGGAAUUGUUAAAACUUAAAAUGGACUAUCUAGUUUAGUUUUAUUCCACAAUCAAGCACUAUCAUGAAGUGGAAAAUUUUCUUAAUUUGAUGAUAAAAACACAGAAAUUUAACGAAAACAACAAUUUGCCUGGUGAAGAUAAGACUAUAAGAGUGCACUAUUCCUUUUUUUUGUAAAAUCAAGUAGACUUUAAGCAAAGGUUGUUCUUUGUUUUAUGCUCAAGUACUAUAUAUUCCCUUACCCCACUAGACAUGUUUUAUAAUAGCUUGGCAAGUUGACCGUUUAACUCCGGAAUAAACACUAUGUUAUUUAAACAGUGCUAAUAAUGUGAGAGGUAGAGGCAAACCUGUACCUAAUGAAGUGUUUUUUUACAGCCAAUGUGUACCAGUAAGUGGGCCUAUCUAUGAUUACACAAUAAUGACCACGAGGGGCCAUGGGGACCUCACAGGUGAUUCAAUCCUGAAGGCAUCAACUAUGUUCAAUUUUCAAGAAAUGUCUUGCUGUUUUACGUGUGCGACGGGCAUGGAACGAAAUAAUGAAAACGAAGGUGACCAGUUUUGAGGAAGCAAGGUGAGGAUUUUUUCCUACAGUGAGAUGAGGAAAGCUACGCAUGAUUUUAGUGGAGCAAACAAGAUUGGCGAGGGCGGUUUCGGCUCCGUUUUCAGGGGGAAGCUUAAAGAUGGAACGAUCGUCGCGGUGAAAGUCCUUUCUGCUAAUUCAAGGCAGGGUGUUCGAGAGUUCGUAACCGAACUUACAGCAAUUUCAGAUAUCGUGCAUGAAAACCUAAUUACAUUGGUUGGUUGCUGUGCCGAAGGGUCCCAGAGGAUUCUUGUGUACAAUUAUCUCGAGAACAAUAGUCUUUCAUAUACACUUCUAGGUUCGGGCCGGAGCAACAUUCGGUUCAACUGGAGAGCCCGUGUCAAGAUUGCUGUAGGCGUUGCUCGUGGGCUUGCUUAUCUUCACGAUGGAAUUCGGCCCCCUAUAAUUCAUCGAGAUAUAAAGGCGAGCAACAUUCUCCUUGACAAGGACCUCACCCCAAAGAUCUCUGAUUUCGGGCUGGCAAGGCUCCUCCCCCCAAACGCAACUCAUGUGAGCACUAGGGUUGCAGGAACAAUAGGAUACCUGGCUCCUGAAUACGCUGUGAGGGGGCAAGUGACGAAGAAAUCGGAUAUCUAUAGUUUCGGCGUUUUGCUACUGGAAAUUGUUGCUGGUAGAUGUAACUACAACAGUAGAUUGCCUCAGGGAGACCAGUUUCUGCUUGAGAAGACAUGGGCAUACUACGUGCAGGGAAAGCUAGAGAAGGUCAUAGACGCCGAAGCAGGGGAGGACCUGAACGUCGAGGAGGCAUGCCGUUUCUUGAAGGUUGGCCUACUAUGCGCCCAAGACGCGAUGAAGCUGCGUCCGAACAUGGCCAGCGUCGUCCUGAUGCUGAUAGGAGAGAAGGGAAUCUCCGUGGACAGGAUCACCAAGCCAGCCGUGAUCGGUGACCCGUACCUCGACCGGAGGCCAAGCAACGCAGACUCUACCACGAUGAAGUCCUUCGCCACGACCGAAGCUUUAACGUCAUCAGAGGCAAACACGGAGUGGUCUCUGUGAUGGGGGGAAAAAACGUCAUCAUCGAUGGAGAUUUGUUUUUGUGGAUGCUGCAGUUGCCAAACAAAUACCGCAUCGCUUCUGUUGAUUAUGUUUGUUUGUUAUUUUUGUGUGUGUGUAUAUAUACUUGAAAUGGAACCACGGGAGUGAAACGAGGAUUGAAUAUGCUUUACCCAUCUUUGGUACAAGUAGAAUCGUUUGUGUUUCUAUCAUAUUCACUCUCUUUUUUUUUCUUCUGGAACAUGUAUGUUAUCUUUUCA